GUUGCGUACUGCCAUGAAGAGCUGGUCACAAGCAAAGAUCAAUGAUAAGCUACUGAGUAUGGGAGUGCAGUGGCACUACAACCCACCGAUGGCCAGUCACAGAGGUGGUAUUUGGGAACGCAUCAUUAGGUCUGUUAGGCGGAUCCUGUUAUCUGUCGCAGGGCAGCAGACGUUGGAUGACGAGACACUGAACACUCUCCUUAUUGAAGCGGAGCGCAUCGUCAACAGUAGACCACUUGUACCGCUAACUUCGGACCCCAACGACCGCGAGGCACUUACACCUAACGAUUUGCUGAUAUUGCGAUCCAACGCAACGCAUAUAUUAACGGCCCUGCCUGAAGAAUAUAACCG